GGAAGAUGCCCGGUUCGGUCGGGCUGGUUGCAGUAAAUGGAGACCUGCAGGGAGAUUGGGAGACCUAGUCUUUUUUUGUGACUAGAAAUCUAGAAGCACAUCCUGCACAACUUUAGAAUGCCACACGUAGCGCAGUUUGUUGUAUCACAUGUCGUGAUGCUGCAUGAUUCGCGGGCAGCAGCCGCACUGACGCUCUGUGGGCUUUGGCAGACCAGUGGGGAGGGGAUUUUCGCAACAACUCAGAAACUGCUUCGUGGAGUGUCCUUGCAUGAGUGCCUCAGUGGAUUUGGAAGACACUGGCGCAAGCCCGAUCCGGGCAUGUCCAACAUCAAUCCCCACGACUAUGACCUGAGCCGUGCCAUGGAAUACUUUGACGACUUCCUGAGUCACGACUGGGCAACCUCUCGAUUCUUGAAGCUUGCAUCGAUGCUGAUCAUUUACAACUCAGGAGCAGCACUUGUUGCAACGUUGUUGGUAGCUGUCGCACUGGCUACUUUCCGGUUGUUUCAUCAGCCGGAAUGCAGACCAAACCUCUUAGCGCUGGAUCAGAGGCUCAUUGCAGUUGGAACUUGCCAUGGCAUUCACCUUAUUGUUUUGUGCUUUUGGCAAAGAGUUCGUACCUUGCUGUUCACACCACGGUUUGUCUUUUUGGACAAACUGUGCAUUGCCCAAAGCCCGGAACUUGCAGAUUUGAAGGCCAAAGGAAUUCUGGGGCUUGCAGCCUUCCUACACCAUUCGAGGCGGCUUGUUGUUCUUUGGUCUCCCCGAUACUUUCGAAGGCUUUGGUGCUCCUAUGAAAUAGCGACGUUCUUGGCAGAUGGCAAGCAAAAGCCCUUGGUAGUCAUGCCAGCACAUGCGGGCCUGAUCUUGGUGCUGGGAUAUGUGACAUGGAGUGGCGUCGCGAAUACCUUGUGGUACGUGCUGCAUGUGAUGGAUGCGGACCAGUCGGGUAUGCUGUUGCUAGAGAGACACGAUCAGGUGCUGCUUGGUGUUUUGUCAGCAUGUUUAUUGGUGGCAUUUUUUAGUGUUCCCUUGCUUUCUUGGGGCAUUGACCUAGCUCAAAAUGCGCAGCUUGUUGAAGAGCAGCUGCACACCUUUCGGAUGCAAGAUACACUUUGCUUUUGUUGUUCAAAUCAACAUCGACAUCCCGACACUGGCGCGGAGAUUCCGUGCGACCGGGAACUUGUGUAUCUGAAGCUGAAAGAAUGGUAUGGCCACCCCGAGGACGGAGAUGAGGACGGUUUGUUAAGCUUGUCGCGGUUCAAUUGGCUCGUCCAGACGCGCCUAGCGAACUCGAUCCUCUCGAGCAUGUCCAACUUGAUACCCCGCCGCUACCAGUUUUACAUGAUUGCGGCAACCAACAUGCCUUGGCUUUCUGAGACUUUGGCGAGGAUUCUUCACAGAACCAUGAGUGGCUGCUCCUAUAAGGAAGAUGCUGCCCUGGAUAUUCCGCGAUGGCUUCUGGAAUGGAUGACAAUCAGCAUGGCGCUGUUAUUGGGGACGUGGUGGGCAAAUUUCAUCGAACUGCAUGUCGGUGUUCGACUGGCUCGAUACAUUCCGCGCCUAUGUGCUGCAGCCGUGCUGUUCCCCAGCCUUGCCUUUCCGGUUGCCAUCUUCGUGGGAAGCUUCUAUUACCUGGUACUAACAGAUCCAGGCCUUCUAUGUGCUAUCCCCGCCAGCAUCAUGCUAGUCAUUCUGAUCAUGUGCUAUAGCUGCGACAUCUUGGGAUCUCCCUCACCGAACUGCCAAUCAGGGCCAGCUGAAGCUGAAACUGCUUCCAACAAGGCUAGCAAGGCUGACAUUGAAAUAGAAGCUGCCAGCAGCAAUGGGGAUGUAGCGGCUCCCCCUAGUCCAUCCUCUUCUUGUUGGUCUACAUGAUGUUCACUCCUUGACGCCCAGUGUUUGCUGUUGUUUUUGUUCGGACCGGCUUGAGCCAGCAAUGUCUAGCAGCCCAGAAAA